AUGAGGAACCAGUUCAGAAAAAGAACUGGUUCAGAGUUGAACCAAUUCAAGAAUCUGUUCAAAGUUGUAAGAGAAUAAAAUAAUUGAUUUUGAGACAAUACAUGGUUCAGGAAUCGGUUUCAGAAUCAGGAAUCUGUUCAGGACUUUCUUCAGAUUUGGGAAUCUGUUCAGAGCAAUACUUUGUUCAGAACCAAGAAUCAGUUCAAAAUGUGAUGCAGAAAUCAUUCACUGACUUUGGGUCUGAACCAAAGGAUUGGGCCAGAAAGAGAACGGUAUGCACCAUCAUCAUCAUCACUUUACAAAAGGUUCUUUUGAUCACUAAUGAAUCAACUAAAAACUGCAAUGGAAACACUUACAUUUGCAUCCCACAGUCAAAACAACUGGUUGUUACUGCUGGCGGAAACAACAAAGAAGAAAACAGGAAGUAGGAGGAACUCGGUGUGGGAUGUUUUUUAACUUAUCCAGGACUGGUUUUAAUUGCAUUUCUUAUUUGAUGAGAACACCGCAAUUACGAAAUGGUGUUGUUUUUUUCGACAUCAGUGAUAUGUGGUCAUAUAUUUUGCACAGAGUUGUUACGGAAACGCAGCUAUUGACACCAGCGUGGCGGGGAUGGCUCGGUGUGAAGACGGAUGAGAAACGGUGGAGCGGAGGUGCUGAGAAUGACAAAGAGGACAGGAGGAUUAGGGUGGGUGGCUGCGGCGCAGCAUGAUGUCACAGGAAUGCAUCGAGCCUCGCCUUUAACAAGCCGAGAGCGUGUGGAGAGCCGGCCACAUCACGGCCUAAUUAACUCUUUAUUCCUCCGUUUUCCAUCUGCGUCUGAUGUGCGACUAAUCUUUACCAGCCUGGAAAACGUCGGUUUCUUUAAAACUAAACCGGUACGGAGUGGAGUAAACGAAUCCGGAUUCUCACUAAAACAUGGUCGGUUAGCAUCCGUUUGGUUGAAGCACAGAGAAAGGAAAGAUGAUGAUGAUGAUGAUGGUGGUGGAGACAGCAGGAACAGAUGCAGAGUGAAGGAUAAUGACUGACAUGGUGUGUGGGAAAGCUCGGCCCCAGCAGCAGCUGGAGAGACGAUGACUAACAUCAGCAGUGAGUUCGACCUUCCAGCCGGUGAAGAUGUAGUCAGCUCGGUUUCCAUGGAGAUGCCUCCAAACGCGGCGCGCUCUGCCUUGUUGCCAUGGUCGCUGUGGUUGAUGUUCGCACUGACCUCUGACUGCCAGCCGAUGCUCUCCGCCCCUGAAGCGGCGAACGCCACGCUGCUAUUCGACAGCGGCGCCGGCCUGCGGACCUGCAGCUGCCUGGCUCCGGUCCCGGACUGCGACGCGGCCCAGGCCGACUCCCGGUGCCGCUGCAGCACCGUCCCGCGGUCGGCCCUGGACCGCGCCAGCCUCGGGCGGACUGUGGCGGUGUGGGUGAGCGAGCUGUGGGUGCUGGAGGAGCUGCUCAACAGCAGCGCCGUCGCUCAUCUGCGGUUGUCGUUCUGCGGCGUAGAGCCGCUGCAGAGCCAGCAACUGGUUCUGCUCGGGCUGCGGACCCUCAGCAUUCACAGCGCCGCCCCCGGAGCACCGUACCCCGACCAGGAAAUCAGGGUUUUACCGUCAGCCGGGGCGGCGCCGGAGCCGGACUCCUCCACUUCCCACCACAUGAGCUUCGUCGACGUCGGCAUUCUGAACGGACUGUCGGCUCUGAAGGCGUACAGCAUCAUCGGGCCGCCGCUUCACACCUUCUCCCAGUUCUUCCCACACCUGGUUUUCCCACUGGAGUCCAAGGAAAACUCCUCAGAAGCGUCACAGCAGACGCUCGUCACGUUCGUGUACUGAAGGAGCAGAAUGUUACCGAGAAAAUAUUUCACAUGUGGAUACAAGCACAAACAUUAGCAAGCUCAGGUUGCAUGUUUCUCAUAUUUCCCAUUAGCAUCACUGCCAUUUUUCAAGAUGGCCGCCGUUUUUGAGGGUUUUUUUCUACGAAAGAGUAUUAGGGCCACACCACCAAGAGAUUAAAGCCAUAAUGUGAGAAUAAAGUCAAAGUGUUUUGACUUCAUUCUCACAACAUCAUGACUCUAUUCUAGAAAUAUCAUUAAUUUAUUCUCAAAAUAUUUCAGCUUUAUUCUCAUAAUAUUACGUCCUUUUUUUCUUGAAAUAUUCUGACUCUUUUCUGGUAUUAUUGUAACUUUGUUACAGUUCUUGCUGUUUGUAAAUCUCAGUCAACUAGAAAAAGAUGUAGAUUUGCAACACAUACUUACAGUUAGUUGUCUUAAUGGUUAGCAUUAGCCUCCGCUACUUUAUGUGUUUCACAGCUUAGCGUUAGCUUCCCAUGAUUUGUUUUUAGCAGCGUAGUAUUAGCUUCUGGGAAUUUUUUUAUAUUAGCCUUAUGUUAGCCUACACAGUGUGGAAGCUAACACUGUAUAGUGUUAGCUUCCAGACAUUUUUAUGUUUAGCUUUAGCUUCAGCUAAUUGUUUUAUCUUUAGCAGUGUAGUGUUAGCUUCCAGACAUUUUUAUGUUCAGCUUUACCUUCUGAAAAUGUUUUAUGUCUUUAGCAGUUUAGCAUUAGCGUAGCUAAGCAUCUUUUCAGCGAAUUAGUGGUUUGUGAGCCUAACUUUUAGAUAGCUGUGCCUGCUACUGCCAAAAACUACUGCCGAUUUUAGUGCAGACAUUUUCUCCAUUACAACCAUGGCGGCCAUUUUGAAAAAUGUCCACCAGAAAACAAAGCACAAGAUCAAGAAAAUACAAAUGAUUUCAAAUGUUUAAAUUUGACACCAAAUAUAUUUAUCUAAUUGGCAAUUUUAUUGCAAACAUUAAUUUUCCAUGACAAUCUUGGUAGCCAUUUUGAAAAAUAAAAAUAUGAGGAAAUGUGAUUUCUAUGGGUCCAAUUAUGCAUGAUUUGACACCAAAAUCAUUUAUCUGUGAUAAAUAUCAGCAGAUUUAGUGCAAAAGUAAAUUUUCAUUGACGAAGAUGAUGGUGGCCAUUUUGAAUUUUGUGCCCAGUUUGGUUCUUGUAUCCACAUGUGAAAUUUUUUUCUAAAAUAUUCAGUUAUCUGCUGCGCUAUAAAAAGUUCUCAUCUACAGACUGAAAAAACAGAAAAUUAGGCUGCAGCUGCUGAAAGAUGUGGAUAAAUGGUUGGAAUAUUUUAUAUUUUCUGUCAGUUAGUAGAAAUCUCUGACCAGUCAUUGGACUUUUAUUGUAAUUUUUACAUGAAUUCAUCCUUUUUUUAGAUUUACUGAAAAACAUUGCUUCUGUUAACUCAAGCUUGACCAUAUUUCCAAUAGUUUUCAGCUUUUAUUUACCUUCCAUAAUGUAUUAACCUUAAAGCUCAAUUCUUUGCAUGACUUCUAAGGUACGACAUCAAUACGAAUUUUACUGCAGAAAAUGUUGUCAGACCUGCUCACUAGUACUGGGUUUUAUUGAUCACAUGUAUCCCAUCCUGCACAAAUCCACUCCGACGACUUCUGAAAAACAAUUUAACAGAAACAUAAAUCAUGUGACGUAGAGGAGCGCAUUCAUUCCUGCUCUGCUUGUGAAGCUUUAGUUGAUUUUUUGCUCUAUAUUUUGAAAUAUUUGCCCAUGUUCUUUGCUGCUGUGACUGGGUGUCAUAAUUUUACUAGAGGUGUGCAAUAUUUUAUAUUUUGGUUGAAUACUAACUAGAUAUGGAAUCAGCAUCAUCAAUACUGAUACUUUAUCUAAAUUUUAUAUAUCAUAAAAUGUCUCAUCUUUAGGCAUUUUGUGGAUUUUUCCUGAGAAUUAUUUUGUUGAAAUUGUAGAAAAUACUCUAAGAUAUUAACAUGACAGAACAAAUUUGUUCAAAAGUACCAUCAACAUCAUCAAUAAAUAUCAAAAUGGUCAAUUUUCCAUUAAUUUAUUUCAACAGCAAUUGUAUAAACGGUGUAAGUUUUAACCUUGAUUUGAAGGAACUCAGUGUUUCGGCUGUUUUGCAGUUUUCUGGAAGCUUGUUUGUAAACUAACAGACGUGUUACUUUACUAAAGAUAAACACAGAUGAGUUUCUCUAGAUUUCAUUCAUCCUCUAAAUCUUGAAAUGUUCUUCAGGUGAUAGAAGGCCAACUUUGUAACCGUCUUUGUGUCUCUGAAGGUUCAGGUCCAUUUUAACAAAAUAUUACCAGCUUUAUUUUUAUUUGCUCCAUUUUUAAAUAUAACUCUGUGCUUAUUCACACCUCACCCAUUUACCACUGCAUGCAGUGGAUGAAUGGAUGAUUUAUUAGUUCCCUGAUUUCUCAGUUUGUUUGGUUUCCUGAAAUUAACUCAGUCCAGUUAAUCUUUUCAAUCUGCUUCAAGUCAAAUCCGCUCUAGCUGUUUUGUUUUUUGAUUAUUUUUGUUGCAUCCUGUUUCGAGAUUCUAAUUUAGGAUCUUUGUUUCUGAAUUUUCAGUUUUUUCCAGCAUCUUAUCUUUUCCUUACAAUGUAAUAAAGUCGGUUUGCUCAUCUA